AUGCUUAGUAUACUUUUGCUACUUGCAAGUAUCUCGGCUGCUGCGUCUGACUUUAAACCGAAAAUAUACACCAAAGAAUUUGACAACAUUCAGAAAUUGAUGUAUUUCGAUGAUUCCUCAGUUAUUAUCUCACAAGAUUUAAAGGCCUUCUUCAGGUCGAAAGAUAAUGGCGAGAAUUGGGAAAAGCUAAAUUUCUGGGAAGGCGAAGAGAAUAUUCGUCCUCGGAGAUUGCAACUUGUUGAUUUCGAUAAAGAACUUGGCUUUGCGUUUUCAAACGGCCGCUCACAUUAUUAUACAAACGAUCAUGGAAUGAGCUGGAAGAAAUUUAGUGUCGAUGUGGACCAACCAGUGCUUUUUUCUUCUGCCAGCGUCAACUAUGUCGAUCAUAAGAAGAUUCUUUUCAAUUUCCAAUCAUGCCAAGAAAGCUUACAGUUUACUCAAUGUAACAGUACCUACUAUUACACCAAGGACGGACUAGCUACGCCUCCUAUCAAGGUUGAUAUCAACGACUUAUCCGAUUGCACAUUUGCCAAGACCAACCAAUACUUUAACGCAAAAAAUGACGAUUUGAUCGUUUGCAAAAGACAAGAACGUGACGUGUUUGGUUCUUCAAGUAGCAGCCAGCUUAUUGCAACCACCGAUUUCUUCAAGACUGUUCUCGUUCCAAUGAAGGAUGCUUUGGAGAACGCUAACAUCCUUGCAAUUACAAUUGAGAACUCAUUUUUGGUCGUGCUUGUGGCCUCGGAUGUUUACUCAAGAAAUGGUAUGAUUGAACUAUACGUUUCGAAAGAUGGUAUGAGUUUCCGGAAGUCGUACUUUGGGGAACAAGUGCGUCGCUGGGCAUUACAGUUUCUUCCAUCCACGCAGGAGUCUCUAUAUAUUGCUAUUAUUUCAUCAGCAUCAAGAGAACGUUUUCCUACAGCCACCAUGUACAAAUCUGAUUCAGAGGGGCUCUAUUUCACAAAAAUGAUCGGAGACGUGAUAACUAUGGGCAAUAUGAUGAAUACAGCGAUAAAUAUCCAGGGUGUUGAUGGCUCCUGGAUUGUUGGGAUCCAAACCGGAUUUGACAAGACCACAAUGAUGCCGGCAUUCAGGUCAAAGAUUACAAUUGAUGAUGGCUUGACAUGGCGUGAUCUUAAAUUCUUAGACGAUGACCAAUGCACUGAGGAUGCAGGAUGCAGCGUGAAUCUUGUUUCGUUGCAAGAAGCAGUGGGAAGCGGUGAAUUUGUCACUGGUCCUACGCCGGGCAUUCUUCUUGGAAUUGGUAUUAGGGGAGAAAAACUGCCCGAAAACUUCUCAAUAUGA